AUGAAGAUGUUGAAGAAGAUGAGAGUUGUAAACUUUGUAUCUGGUGUAUUUUUAGUACUCUUCUGCCAGUUACAGCCAGGGUAUACUCAGUACUCAUCAGAUCUAGAGGCAACUCUUUUAAGUGAUCUGUUCAGUGGAAACUACUCCACACUUGUCCGUCCAUCAUCUGUUGUCACCGUUAAUGUCAGUUUAAUGCUGUAUACUAUCAAUGAUCUGAAUAUUGUUGAGCAAAGUCUUUCUGUAUCUGGGAUGCUGUCCAUGAAUUGGUUUGAUCCUCGUCUAGAGUGGGCGAAUAAUUCGGAUUAUUCAGCUGUUCAAUUUCUUUUUAAUACGGAGGAAAACACAUGGACACCGGCAAUUUAUGUAGAGAACUCAGUGGAAGAUUUAGCAGUCAUCAACGAUGAAAAUAUGCCAAUGAGAAUUAACCCAAAUGGUGAAGUAAUGCGAACUCCAACAGGGGUAUACAAAGUGUCCUGUGAAAGUGUCGUCACAUAUUAUCCGUUCGAUGAACAGACCUGCCAUAUUAAAAUAACAACCUCCGGCUACACUCAGGGUGAAAUUGAUCUUCGCUUCGAUGAGAACGCAGUAGAUCUCUCUGAUUAUAUUCCAAACGGAGAAUGGGAAGUUGCUUCUGCUGGCGGAUUGUCAUCGGGGGAACAGUCGAAAUCUAGGAAUGGGUUAAAAUACGCAAGUUUAUCUCUUGAACUAAAGUUGAAAAGACGUUAUUUGUUCCACACAAUUAACACCAUAUUUCCAGUCUUUCUUAUGGGCAUGCUCAUUCCUUUUGUGUUUAAGUUGAGUAUCAUGGAGGAGAAAAUUGGGUAUUCUUUGACGGUACUCUUGUCCUAUGCUGUGUAUCUAACAUUAAUUGCGGACCAUAUCCCUAGCACCUCUGUGACUGUGUGCUACCUAUCCGUAUACCUAGCAGUCAUUCUGACAACAUCAACGCUGUCCAUCCUUAUAGUUAUAGUGGAAAUUCAAGUCGCAACGACCAAAAUAAGCUUGUCGUCAUGUACAAAAGCUUUUGCAAACUUUCUUGCUAAUGUGUGUUGCUUUAAACGUAAAUGGUGUCGUAAUAAGACUGAUCGUGCCCCAGAAGUCAGAGCUGACGAGUUUUACAUAAACCGUCAUGGAAUUCUAUCUUCCAAAGAGUUUGUGUCAGAAAACACAGAAAAUGCAUCAGAUAUCAAUGAUAGUGAAGGAAUAUCACGGGAAGAAUUUUCAACCCUUCUUGAUAGUUUUUUCUUUGUUAUUUUCUUUCUUUUUAUUAUCAUAGCGUCCCUUACACUUUUUGUUGCAUUGAUAAUUGAGUAUCAAAGCUAUUAG